GAGGCUGCCUGGUAAUUAGAAUAGCUUUACAAAAUGGCUGACAUGGAAGUGGUGAUCAACUUACUUGGGCUUGAGAAAUCAGCUGUUAAGAGCGAUAAAAAGGAACACCUUACGAACAGACAACUGAAAGAUCUAUUCGAGGAAUCAGUUAAGAUUUUAGUUCGUCUAAAAGAUAAGGAUUUGGAAAGAAGUGACCUAAAUGCCAUAAGAGCGUUUAUUUUUUUAUUAAGUGGAGAUUAUGAUGGAUCUCUUCGCGAUGAUUUAGCAUCCAUAGGCGAUGAUAUCCUCAAAACAUUAAUCUCGAAAAUGCUGUCACCAAGCGAAGAUAAAGAUACAAAAAGGAAACUGAGCAUAACUAUACAGGCGAAAUUGUUAAUGAAAGUAUUUUUGAAAGAAUUGUCACCUCAUGUGGCAAAAUCCGGUUCAAUGUUGAUUCUGGAUCAUAUUCAAGUUAAUUUGGGCAACAGGUACAAUACGCUAGUACUUUUAAACACGUUAUUUCAUCAUUGCACAGACAAAGAGCAAUUUGCAAGUGCGUGUCAUUUUGUGAUCAAACUCGCAAAGAACCAAACAGUGAGCAGUAAAAUUCACAGAGUUUGCAUUGGGCUCAUGUGUUCCCUCGAAAACCCUUCCUUGCUUGCAGAAGUUACAGAAACAAACCUGGAAUGUUUUGAAGCUGCCUCAAGAAAACUUUGCAAUUGGCUGAUUUUCACGUCAUCAAAUCAAGCUUUGUCCCCUGCUCAACAAAAUGAAAAAGCUUCUCCAACAAGGAAGAAGAUUGCAGUUCAAGAAAUUGAUGGGACUCCUUGUAGAGACUUUUUCACUGUGUUGAAUUUAGCCUCUGUCUUGAAUACAAACCAAAUGCACAAUAUAUAUGCAUUUUCAAUGCUACAGAAUUGGUUGCUUGUGCUACAGAACCAUGAUGUUGAAAUAUGGAAUAAUGUAUUAAAGACCAUACCUAGGACUUCUAGACCAUCUUCUGCUGCGCCCCAUCAUGUAGGGCAGAGCUCGUUCUACGUUGCCUCAUCUGCAAGUAGUGAUUCUUCUGGCCCGGUUUCACUCUCAUCGUCCUUAUCGUCGCUUAACAGUUUCUUGUAUGUUGAAAACGAAGGAGAUAAAUCCAAAGACUCUCUUGACUUGAUACAGCAUAGCCCAAAGUUUGCCACGCCCCCGAGCUUUUAUGAAAACAGGUCUUUGCACAGCCUUUCCUCGAAUAAAAGGCCGAUGUCAGUUUCGACUCCCAAAAGAUCGGAUUCGAUGAAUAGAGAUGCGUCAUUUGCCAGUCGCAAGAUGUCAUCAGCUUCGAUAGUGUCCAUGUCAACUGGAGGAGUUACUCUAAAGAAUGCAAGUGUUCGCUAUUGCCUUAGACUUCUUGGACAAGCUGAGAAAAUGCCACGUAAGUCUGAAGACAGAACAAUUCUCACUGCUGCUGUUAUUGAGGCGGUCAGAAUUCUGACGUUGCUGUGUCAGCAAGAUGACACACUUGUCAAGAAGGUUUUCCCCGAAAUUGAGCGUGUUCAUGGAAGGAUCAUUGGAGAAUCAACGUAUGCCAGAAGGCUCUACCCUGCGGACAUACAGUAUUUUGUGGAGCAUUAUAACAGUAUGAUUUACAAUGCUGAAGAGCUGGUACAGUCGUACCUCAAGACAGUCCCUUCCCAAAUGUACACAAGCUCUUCUGCUUGUUUUGAGAUAUUUGAUUUUUGUUUGAGAAACUUUGCUUUCUUUGAGCAAUUUCCAUUUUUGAGCAGGUUUUUUCCUAACUUGUUCAAAAUGGUCGCUUGGAAUCCAAGAAGCUUCUUGUACGAGAUUCUAGAGUUGCUUCCAAUUUUGGUAAACGACUCAACUGCCUGUGAACUCUUUCACAGUAUCCUCGACAUACCGUGUACCUCUGCUAUGCUUGAGCUGACGCAAUUAAACACACUGGAUAAGUAUCUUGAAGAGAAUUUCGAGGCAAAUUUUGGAGAAUCAGGCACGUUUCUGAGCAAGUCGUCCCAUGCAAUAUCAGAAUUCUUUUUGAGAUGCGAAUCUGGCGGGCCAGAAACCAUCGACAAACUCGACAAAGUUUACGUUGCCAUAAGACCUUUGUCGAAAAGGACCAGGGUUCAAGUUUGCUGUCAGAUAGUACCUAUGUUGUUACGAAAGUUCUUUCAGUGUGUUAGUGUGCAAGUAAAUGAAAAUAUGAUCAAAGAGCUGUUUCCUUCAAUGCUAGAGCGAAUUUUUAUAUUGUUUCCGGACCCGGCUUUCCAAAAUGCUGUAAGGACUCUUAUGUCGGAACAAUUCAUCAAAUUGUGUAUCAAGUCUCCGACGCUCAUUUCUUCCCAUCAAGACGAGGUUCUGUAUUUUUUCAAGCAAAUCCGAUGUUCACUACCAGGCCUCGAUUCAGUGGCUUCAAGUCUCGUAUACUGCAUCGGAGAAUUUUCUGUCCGCCCUGGAGUUUGUAGCAUGGAGCAAAUAGCAAAAUAUUACGAGAUAAUCGAAACGCUGAUUUACGAAGCCAAGUCUUCCUUGUUUUGUAACGACGAUCUUCCUGUCUGCGCUAGACUUGUAUCAUCAUUGAUUUCAACGGCUGGAAAACUAGCAGCCUUCUCGCAAGACUUUGUUCCUAAAACCGUGCUAUGUUUGACGAAGUUGGCCAACACUGAAUGGGGGAUGGGCUGUUGUAGAAUAAAUCAACGUGAAUUCGAGGUGGUAAUGUCACGUGCAGUUGAUGUCAUAAAUGUCCUGCGUUUGCCGAAUGUCUCCCCUGCAAUUCUAUGUUGCGGAGCCAACACUGAACCAUGGCAUUUAGAUGCUGAUAGUUCUCAAAAAUUGAAAGUUCAUGCCAUGGCUAGGAGGAAAGCCAAACACAAAUAAGGUAUGUCGUCUAUGGAAAGCUUUCUCAUGAUAUCUAGAAAUACAUUUAGGUCUGAUUAUCCCCCAGUUGCUAUUUUCCAGGGAUGUUCCUCACGCAUCUGUGUUGCAAAUCUUUCUUUGAGGUUGUUUUUGUGUAAGUUGAGAGUGCAUAGCUUUUUAUAUGGUGCUAAGUCAAUGCUCUUCGAGUCCCAAACAGCACGAGAGCACUUUGGUAGUCCCCUAUCGCCAUAAGCGAUCAGAACAGACCUUUUGUGGUCCAUGGCUCGCCUCUAGUUUUUGACUCUGUGACGAGCUCAUGGUAUCAUAGAUUACUGAGAUGAUUGCCUUGGGUUUAUUGUAAGUCUUGACAUUGAUGCUAUAGGUAAAUUGGAUUCAGUUGUGGGUUUUAAAUGUCUAUUUUCACCGAAACCUAUUGCCCAUUGUGCGUUUCACUUUCGCAGGUUUUUAUCGAUCUUUGAAGAUUUGUUUUUAAGUCCUGCUUCAUGAUUAAACUUGCAUUUGUAUUCCUUGUUUUUUAAUGCCAAGUCUAUUUCUUGCACCUGCGAGAGUCGUUACGAAUCUCUCUAGAAUGAAAAAUGUUUUUUAUGAAGAUUUAUAGAUGAUUAUCGCUGUAUCCAUUUUUUAUGCUAGUCUUUGUAUAAUUUUAGUAUAUUUCGAAGAAGUUAAUGAUAGUGACAAGAACCAAAAUGUCACUAUUCGAUGCUUUAUAAAUCAAUUCGUUGAUCAAUUACUUGUUGAAAAUGAAAGCAACAUUUCUAUAAAGCAAUGUUAAUACUGACAGUGCUUUAAAAAUCCUUAUUAACAAUUUAGAGUAAUUUAUUCGUUAUAUGGAUAAAACGCAUUUGCACUUCUAUAUAUAACCGCCGCCCAAUGAUGUCAUUUUGGUAUCACAAAAUCUAUAAUUGUGGAUACUCAAACGCCAUGCGACUGCCGAUCCAACGCAAGGUCAGCAGGAUUUCUCGAAAGACAGCGGGCUGUUUGGGGGACGUUGACUGGGUUUUUCUUCGCUAUCAACGAUCUUGAUCGAUGGAGUUUAUGAUUCAUUUGUACUUUAGGGUGAAACCAUUCUUCUCCCUUUUUAUAUUUAACAUCAGAUUUUGUUACUGAUCAUGCAAUUUCUUUAAGAAAUUUAUGAUAUGAGCUUGCCAACUCAGGCUGACCAGCUUGGCAGGGCCGAAAACCAUUCCCUAUCAUAUUCAAUUUUCAGCUCGCUUUCUUGCUUAAUUGACAUAACAUUUAUUUAUAUUUUUAGAAGAAUAGCUAGGUGGAAAUGUGAGUUACUUUGGAGCACAUCCGGUUGAACCGGACCUUUGAACAUUUCCGCCCUAUUUGCCAUGACCCCGCUAAUAUUAAACAGGAUUCCGGAAAACUGGGCUUGCUCGUUUUUCAUGUAAACUGGACUUGCGUGUUUUUCGUAUAAACCGGACUUUCUCGUUUUUCGUAUUACCGCAUGCUAUGUUUUAUAACAAUUUAUCAUGCAAAUUUAACUUUCCGUUGGGCAGGCUAGCCCAGUAUUCCAGGGUGAAAGUCCUCAUAUUAUAGAUCCCUACGGGGAUUUUAUUUUUAAACAUUUUUAGUUGCGGCGAAUAUAGCAGUGCAAAAUGCAAUCAUGCCGAUGGGGCUUUAAACUUUGAAAUUUUUCUCUAUUCAGAUGUUUCUUGUGAAUUUAUUUUACCGAUUUUUCAAUAGAUUUAUAUAUAUUUCUAUAUAUUAGCUGUUUCUAGGGAUUCUAGAUAGAUAAUUAAUAUAAUUGGGAUUAUAAGAGUUACUUGUAAAGUUUUGGUAUUAAUUGUUUAGAGUUUAUUCCUUCUUUCAGUAACAAUGAAUUUGGAAACUGCUUUUACUGUGAAACCGCCAUUUCUGUGUUUGUGUCUCCUAUUUAAUCAAAGUAUUUUUGCUAUAUGCUUAGCAUAUCCAUUAAACUCCCGAUAACUCGAUCAUUCGCUGAGUCGAGCUGAAAUUGCAUUCCUCUUGCCAAAUACUUUCAUAAAACCCCCCACCCCCUCCCCCGGUCACUCAAACAUUCGCAAUCUCCAAC